CCACUCUUCCUUCCACCACCUCAUCGGGAACCACACUCCCUCCCACCACCUCAUCGGGAACCACACUCCCUCCCACCACCUCAUCGGGAACCACACUCCCUCCCACCACCCCAUCGGGAACCACACUUUCUCCACCAUCUGCACUCUCCACCAUCUGCACUUCAAACUACUCAAAGCAACAUUGGUGGAACAACCCAAACCAAUCUUGAUACAGGUCCAACUAGUCCCCUUACAACAGGUUCGGCAGGAAUAACCGGGUCAACUUCAGUUCCUACCGGUUCUGUAUCAACAACUAUGGGCUAUGCUUCAAUAGUAGGCUUCGCGCUAAAUCCGAUCCCCGCUCAGGAAUUUGGUCAAAGUUUUUCAGUCGGAUGGGUAAUGACCGCAGGCACGAAUGUUACAGUCGCUAUAACGUAUAAUGGUAUCCCAUGUUGCAAUGCGAUCGCACUUAGCAACACUGGUGGCCAAUGUGAUUGCUUAAUAUCGGUCUCAGGUCUAUUUGACCCAGACGGCGUGGUGAAUAUUAGCGCUGUAGCCUCAAACCUAGUGUCCAGUAUCCCCGCAUACAUCCAGAUCGAAGUUUUAAAAAUCAUCACCCAAGUGUCGUUUACCAUGUUGACAACUUACUCGGACUUUGGAACUGGGGUCGAAGGACGUGGGAGCCAGAAAAACGUAUUUCCUGCGGAAUAUCCUGUGAAAUUUAAUUGUUCCUACACAGGUAAUUCGAUCAGCGUAAAUCUGGGCCGUACGCUACCAUUUUAGUCGCCUGAUAUAUGGUAUUAGUAUUAUUAUUAUUAUCAUCAUUAUUAUUAUCGUUAUUCUUACCAUCAUCUUCAUCGUCAUCAUCAUCAUCUUCAUCGUCAUCAUCAUCAUCUUCAUUAUCAUCCUUCAUCGUCAUCAUCAUCAUCUUCAUCAUCAUCAUCUUCAUCGUCAUCAUCAUCAUCUUCAUUAUCAUCAUCAUCUUCAUUGUCAUCAUCUUUAUUACCAUCAUCAUCUUCAUUAUUAUCAUCAUCAUCUUCAUUGUCAUCAUCUUCAUUAUCAUCAUCAUCUUCAUUAUCAUCAUAUCAUCAUCUUCAUUGUUAUCAUCUUUAUUAUCAUCAUCAUUUUCAUUGUCAUCAUCAUUACCAUCAUCAUCUUCAUUGUCACACCAUCAUCAUCAUCAUCAUGGUCAUCAUCAUCAUCAUCAUUAUUAUUAUUCUUAUUAGGUGGUCCUGUAACAGAUGUGGAAUGGAUAUUUAAUUGCGAUGUCGAUGGUACCAUCGAAGAAUCGCAGUUCUUUUUUCACAAGAUCUUUUCAAGCCAGAGCAGUCAGAGUUGUCAAAUUACUUUGAGACUACAAAACAGUAUCAAUUCAACGCUUGCACAUGGUAACGUAGAGCUCAAAGAAAGCGUUAUCGUCACCAGUAUGACCAGCAACGGCCCAGUAAAACUAAAUGAAAGCAUCGCAUUCACGAUCUCUCUGGAAAAACUCGGCACCCAAACCUGCAUGUGGGUUGACUUGGGUGAUAAUAGCUCCCUUCUUGUAUUCGGUCACGACUCUUGUCCUGGUAGAAUCGAUGUUUCUCAGGUUAACCCAAAUAUCGUGUCGGAGCCACGUUUGAAAUUUUCCUUCAAAAGUUCAGACACCCAGGAGAUUGUCAUCAAUCAUGUGUAUUCGGGUGUUGGUUCUUAUGACGUCAGGAUGAACGCGUCAAAUGAUGUUUCCAUGGUAACACAAGAAAUGGUCGCCGUUGUUCAUCUUUUCGUUUGUCGUAACCCUAACGUGACAGUAGUAGGUAAUUGGUUACUUAUUUGUUUUUCGUGGCGAUUGCCGCGUGUCUCCCAAAACUGUGCACUGUCGUUUGCAUUUAAGGAUGCAGAGUCACCGAUAAAAAAUCGCCUAUUCUGAUGUGAAAUUUUAACGCAAAUUGUAUUGCAUUGUUACUACAAGGACAAACCCAAAUUGGAACACGCCCCCCCCCCCCAUGAUUUCUGAAAGCUUUUGAAUGAUGGCUGAAUAACUGUUUAACAAAGCUGUAACAAUUUUUCAGCCAUGAGAACAUUGGUGGGCUAUGAAUUAAGCUAAAUAUUGCAUGAAAUUUAAGGCGACAAAGUUUGACCGAAGGACUAAGGCCUGUUUCAUACGUCGAAUUUAAUUCAGACGAAUUUAAUUCGUUAUUAAAUUCGUCAAUUGGUCGACACUAAAAUGGUUUCGUUUCAAACGACGAAUUUAAUUCAGACGAAUUCAUUUCAUGUUUAGCGAUCAUGGAUUACCCAGAAGUAAAAAACCACGGGACCAGAAAGAGAGAAACAGACUUUAACAUAAUUUAUGCAUUUAAUUCGACACGACGAUAACACGUCGUAUGAAACGAAGACGCGCUACAGACGUUGUAUCCGUCUGACCAUGACGGAUACAACGUCUUGGACGAAUUUAAUUCAUCAGACGGAUUUAAUUCGUUUCAUACGACGCACUAACGUCGCAUUUAAUUGGUUCAAUUAAAUUCGUCUGAAUUAAAUUCGACGAUAGUGCGACGUAUGAAACGGGCCUAAGAUUUGCAGCCACGAAAGGUUGUCAUAUAUCUUAGAAACGUCCAAACUUUGUAUGAUUAAUGGCUGAUUCCAGCUGUAGACGAAAUUUUGAUCUAGACAAGAAGAACGAAAUGAAUAGCUGGAAAGAGCAUCUUAAAAUGAGUAAAAGUACAAAGUUUGGUUGCGAAUUGUUGUAAAAUGAGGAAAAUAUAGCCCUGUGAAUUUCGCAAAUUUUGUAUAUAUUUGCAUUACGCGCGGGAAAAAUAACCAUUUUUGAGCCGAAAGUGAUUACUUUUACUGCGUGUAAUACAAAUAUAUACAGUAUUUGCGAACUUCACAGGGCUACAUUUUCUUUAUUUUACAACAUUUAGCAACCAAAUUUUGCAGUUUUAUUCUAAGACGCUGUUUCUAUCUGUGGUGUUGGAUCUCGUUCUUCCCUUGAUCAAAAUUUAGUCUGCACCAUUAUUAAUACAGUUUUAUUUAUUCAUUACUCAGGUUUAUCCCCAAAUUCGUCCAACGUCUUAAAUGCAGCUCAAGUCUACCGCUCGAUGCCCAUAGCUUUGUCAACCGAGAAUGUUAUAGAUUGCGAGAUAACGGACAGGACGAAAACAAAAUGGACUGUAUUCAAAUUUGAUGACGAUCCUCGCGUUCUGAGAACGGUUCCAAUUUCCAGUUUAAAAAAGACAGCGUAUCACUCAGAUAUUUCUACCUCGGAGCUUUUACUCCCCGGAAGAGAUUUACCAUACGGCUUCUACGAGAUUAGUGCCCGGGUAGAAAUGACUGGUUUACCGGAUGUAUUUGGAAGUGAUUCAGUUUAUAUCCAGGUGGUGCAGACUCCUUGGCUCGAGGCUGCUGUGAUUGGCGGGUCAUUCUAUACCGCGCCUUUUGGAUUUAUUG